CGACAAUUUCCCAGCCCCCGGCCCCCGCGCAGCUCCCCCGGUCCCCAUCUCCAAACUCCAAACAGGAAAAAAGGAUUGUUGGGGGUUCUUGAAGUUGGUAGAGAACUGGGAGGGAGAGGGAAGACUACUGUCGCUCAUCUAAAAGACCUGACCUGUCAGAGCAUCAGAAGCUUCUUAGACAAUGGCGAAGUGUAAGACCCUGGAACCGAUCGCGGGAUGGUGAAGGUCUGCAAGCCUUUGGAAGGUCACUUUGUCGACUUACGUUCGGCAUCUGAGCUGUGGUGGUUUGAACCCUUAACCUCCAAGAGGGUGGGGUAAGGGUGGUACUCUUCUCCUCUUUUCCUGGAUUUUCCAAGAUUUACAUCACCUGCGCAUGGAGUUUUGCAUAGGGUGAGGAUUAUGACGGGGGCGGGGUCUUCAAACUCUGUCAGUUAAAGUGUCGUGUUGAAGCAGUGUUUUUGCGCUAAUUUGUUUUCUGUCCGAGGGGGGGUUGGGGGGCGGGGGGAGGGAGUGGAAGGAGGAGGGGAAGGAAGAGGAGGCAGUCUUCGGUGGCUUCCCUUGAAGGGGAUCAGUACCUGCAUUGCGAUUCAGUGUUUUGGACCUGGAGUCCUGUUAUGCGUAUUGUGCGUUGGGCGUGGAAUACUGUGACCGGUCAUAUUCAUCAGUUCUCCAAUUUGAACACAAGAUCAUUUUUUUCUUAGUGUUUUUUUUGGUUCUUAGUACUUCUCACGUCUCGUUCGAGCUGUGGCGUGGUGUAAAGACCUGCAAUAGGCUUUUGACUGGUUCUGCUGCUUGGACCACCUGGAAUACAUACAUAGCCUUAUCGUUUUGGUGUUAAGGCCUGCCUGCCAUACUUCUUGUGCUGUUUCGGGCAAUCUGUGUCAGCUCGCGAAAAAAGCAGAAAGUUAUGGGCGUGCAUUAAAGACGUUUUUUGUCGGUGAACUGAGAAGACUGAAGGCGGCGUAGGUUGUUGUCGAGUUAAUUGUGGCUUAUAAAUAGUAAUAUGAGGUGAUAAUGGUCGAUUGAUUCACAUAGCCAAGUUACGCCAACUUACCGUUUCGGUGUAAGUUCUGGUGUACGGCAACUUGUGUCUGCUCCGGAAAAAAAAGCGAAAGUGGUGGUCGUCGUCGUGAUUGAAGUCGAGGAGUCGGGUGGGGGACACUGAGGAGACCGGAGGUGGAAUAUAUUGUCGGUCAACAUCGCACGGCGGAGUUGGUUGUUGUCGGAAUCGCAUAGUCAGGUUACACUUGGACAUACUCACACUAGGACUUUUUUACUUAUUUCCGAACGUAAUUGCGGUCGGAUGCAUCCAGGUCUGGCCUUAAAUGCGGUCAGAUACAUCUAAGAUAGUGCUAGGGUGAGUACAGUGUACACCCUACCUGUUUUGGUGUUAAGGCCUUUGGUACUCCGGCGGUUGGGGCAACACUUGUGUCAGCUGUGGCAAAAGCGAAAGCGGUCCCUCGUGAUUCAACAACCAGUACUUCCGGAUGUUGUGCCCGUAAGCAAGAAGCCGCGACUUCAGGGAACGUAGGGGCCACUACAGGAGCGGCCAAAUUUAUCCGACUAGAAACACUUUUUUUUUUGUUUUUUCGGUGGCGGAUAGCUAGGCCAAGCACUGGUGGUUUAAAGUCGAGGAGUUGGGCAGAAAACUGAGGAGACAGGAGGUGGCAUAUUAUAUUCCAAGUGGUCCUCCUAGCUGAGGAGUAAAGGCGGAAACUGAGUAGGGGUUGUGGCGUAUAUUGUCCGAGCACUGGUGGUUUAUAGGGGGUGGCAUAUAUUGUCCGUUGUUGGAAUCGCACAGUUGAGUUCACUGAUAUGGAAGACGGGGUGGGAGCGAAUACUGACGAUGGGUUAUCGAGUGCAGCUCAAGGCGCUCGGCCACUUAAGCCCGGAGAGAGGAUCAUUCCUCCAAGUCGAAGACCUGAUGGAUCGAUGAGGAAAGAGAUACGGAUACGAGCUGGCUACACGCCGCAGGAUGAGGUGGCACGCUACGAAUCCAAAGGAGCCAUUUUCCUUAAGGGUAAACCGACCGUUCCUCCAGGUUACGAUCCUGUUGAGGAUGCGCCGGGGCGGGUGAAGUCUAAGGCUGCGAUUCGGAAUGAGAAACGGAAGCAGAAGAGGCACGAGCAGAGGAACGCGACAGAAGGGGAUGCGACCGAGAGGAAUAACGGCGUGACAAGCACAGCAGCAGGAGAGAAGACCGCAAACAAUGUGUCGUCGCUUGCAUCCUCUGCCGCCUUGUCGGCAUUGCCGUCCUCAUCAAGCGACAUGGCAGCAGGGAUAGCAGCAGAGGCAAGCGACUCAGUUCAGCCUGUGCUCAGAUUGCCCGGGUCGCAGCGCUCGCAGUCGAGAUCGGCAGCAGGACAGGAGGCUGCCAAUGCCACACCUCAGCAGGAGGGCGAUCAGUCGGGAGGAACGGUAGAAAUAGAGAAAAAGAUACGCGCACUGCGGAAGAAGAUCCGUCAAGCAGAGAACUUGUCGGCGGACGACUCAAAGACUCUGACAGCUGAACAGAAGGACAAAGUCAGCAAGUUGCCGAAUUGGAAGAACGAAGUGGAAGAGCUAGAGGCACAGCUGUCAUCCCUCCGAGUGCAAUAAAACGGAGGGCGAUUCGCAGGGCGACGGCGAGGACGGUGAUUAGGUUUGUGUUCGCUCCGCUGGGAUAUCUUAACCCCGCAGGGGCCAAAUGCGUGAUCAUCGGGUGAGGCGUAUAUGUAGUAGCGAGGGUGAUAGCUUUUGUUUUGUUCAGCAUCGGUUCGGGCACCAGUUUUGGUGUCGGUUUUGCCACCCGGGUGUGACUUGCGUGUGGCAAAUCUUCCAUGGCUUGGUUUGACAUAAGAGAGAUGGUCUGGUUUAAAGCGCAGGAUUGGCGAUGUCGGCAAAAAAUGGACAUUGAGCGAGUGUGAGGAGAUGAGCACCCCGCUGCAGGCGUCUCCCCUCCCCUCCCCUCCCCUCCCCUCCCCUCCCCUCCCCUUCCCUCGUCGUCAUCAUGGCUGUCAAUUUGCAGCUCAAAUUG